CACCCGCAUCAACAACAGUGCCCAUCCAUCUCCCAAUCAUAUAACAAUGGCAUCCGGUCUCGACAAGUCUCUCGAUGAUAUGAUCAAGUCCAAGCCGCGUCCUCAGCGUCGUCGUCGGGUUCCCACCGCAAAGGCCGCUGUCCUCGGGGCAGGCAAUCUUGGUGCCGGUGCUGCGGUCAAGGCUGCUGCGCGUCAGGCUGCCCUACCAACCCCCAAAGCCGCGGAACCUACGGUCACCCAGGCGCAGCAAGAGGCCCGCAAGAUAAUCGUGUCGAACCUGCCCCUUGACGUGUCCGAGACACAGAUCAAGGAACUGUUCGGUACCACCGUCGGGAAGACGCGUGAGGUCAACCUCGCAUUCAACAACAAGGGCCAGUCAAAGGGCAUCGCUCACGUUACCUUCACCAACAAGGGUGACGGAUUCAAGGCGUACAAGGAGUACAACGGUCGCCUGAUCGAUGCGAAGAGCCCGAUGAAGAUUGAACUCAUCCUCGAACCGGUCAAGCCUGCUCCGCCUACGCUCGCCUCCCGCGUCGCACCCACCCCGAAGGUCGCCCCUGCUGCCCCUAGGGCUGCUACAAACGGCACUGCCUCAGCCACGAGGGGUGCUGCUGCUAGGGGACGUGGACGCGGUGGCCGUGGUGGUCGUACGAGGAGGGCCCCGAAGAGUGCCGCCGAUUUAGACCAGGAGAUGGAGGAGUACGUCGCGGCCCCUGCUACCGAUGCGGGUGCGCCGGCUGCUGCUCCUGCUCCUGCGGCGUAAUGUGCGGUAAGGGCAUCAUAGCUGUAAUUCUCUGAUUCUCUCUUGUACCUCGCUGUGAUGCCUCCUACUUUUCUCUUUUUCCUUGUACCUGCGUUUGUCUGCCUAUGUCUUCUAGUUCCCCACUUACUACACCCCAAUCACAAAUUUCAAGCGUGUGUGCGCGCUUCAUGCCAUC